AACCAAUAUCCUGAGAGUGGAAGGCUAUGGCCGUACCUGUAAUUCAUACCCAUAGACAUGAAAUUCUGCUCAUACUCUUUUUAACUAUAGGUUUUGUAUAAAUCCUCUUUACUCAGGAUUUUUGCUGUUGGAAACUUCCUCAGUCCUUUCAGUUAAUGUUUAAAAAGCAAAAAAAAAGGACAAAGUAAUCAAAUUAAGAACAUCACAGAAGAAAACUGUCUACAGAUUCUUAAUCUUCAAGACCAUUGGAAAUUUGAAGUUAAGUGUGCAAGGAUCCACCCUACAAAGUUGAAGAAUCUGGGUAUGCUGGUUUCAUUUUACCGAUUGAGGUUUACUUCAAAAACAAGACUUUUGGCUGCCUUUGCUGACUGUGGAGACCUGCAAGUCUCAGGAGUUCUCCAGCAGGAGUUGUGGCUUAGACUGAGAUCAAGAGGGCAGCAGUGAUUACAACUCACCUCACCCUCAAGCAGCAUGUGGAAUUAGGAAGUUUGCAAACAUGCUUCACCCCUAUUUUGGUGUCAUGGAAUACGACUCACACAGCUGCAGCAGCAUGCCCUUCCCCUGGGUUGGUACAAUAUAAAGGAAAAAUGACACAAAAAUUGAGCUGGCAUUCCUGAGGCAAAUUACUGCUUUCUCCUGGCUCAGCUACUCUUCCUCCCUAAGCCACUUCACAGUUAUUCCAUUACAGAAAAAGAGGAGAUAGAAAGAGGAAGAGGAGACAGACCAUCAUCACUUAUCAAGGAAGAACCUAAGAAAGUUCGAUUUGACUAUGACUUAUUCCUGCACCUUGAAGGUCACCCACCUGUAAAUCACCUCCGCUGUGAAAAGCUCACAUUCAACAACCCAACAGAGGAAUUCAGAAGAAAGCUGCUAAAGGCAGGAGGGAUCAUGGUAAUGUCAGAUGGCACAUCGUUCUCUUCAGGACAGAGCCUUUAUCUCCCCAACCUUUCCAGUAACUCCCUGUCUUUUUCUGAAGCGAAGAAGAAGUCAUCUCAUGGGCCAAAGGACCCAACUAGGAUUCUAAACAUAAAUAGCAGCAGCAGCAGUAGUAACAGUUUUUCAAAGACUCAGAAGUUAACAAAGGAGCACAAGGAAAAAACCUCUAAAAACUCAAAAGAACAUAAAAGUGCCUUCAAAGAACCUUCCAGGGAACACAACAAAUUUUCCAAAGAAUCCUCAAAGAAACCCAAAGAAAACAAACCAGUAAAAGAUGAAAAAGUAGUUCCCAAAAUGGCCUUCAAGGAACCCAAACCCAUGUCCAAGGAGCCAAAAUCUGAAAACAACCCCAUCCUUACCAUAACAGGUGGGCAGCAGCAAGAAAAGAAGACCCCCACAAAAAGGCCCUCUGUUCUGGAGUCUGAUGAACCUUCUGCGAAAAAAAGAAAGAAAAGUAGCUCGGAUUCAUUAUUUAAAAGUAUUUCUAGUGCCCAACCACUGAUUCUUACUUGUUCAGCUGACAAAAACCAGACAAAGGAUAGAUCUCAACUCAAGGUGGGGAGGGUCAAAAUUGAAAACGAUGCACUGGAAAGGAAGACACCUACUCUGCCACCAUUUGAUGAUAUUGUAGAUCCCAAUGAUUCUGACAUGGAGGAAAACAUAUCCUCCAAAUCUGAAUCUGAACAGCCCAGUCCUGCCAGUUCCAGCUCCAGUUCCAGUUCCAGUUUUACACCAUCUCAAAACAGCAGACAACAAGGUCCUUUGAGGUCUAUAAUGAAAGAUCUGCAUUCAGAUGAUAAUGAAGAUGAAUCAGAUGAAGCAGAUGAAAACGACAAUGAUUCUGAGUUGGAACGACCUGUAAAUACACGGGGUGGAAGCAGGAGUCACAGGGUAAGUCUGAGUGAUGGCAGUGACAGUGACAGCAGUUCAGCUUCCUCACCACGACAUCAUGAACCAGCCCAAUCUUUACUGAAAACCAACAACAACCAGAUUUUAGAAGUGAAAAGUCCAAUAAAGCAAAACAAAUCAGAUAAACAAAUAAAGAAUGGGGAUUGUGAUAAGGCAUAUCUCGAUGAACUAGUAGAGCUCCACAGAAGAUUAAUGACACUGAGAGAGAGACAUGUACUGCAGCAGAUAGUAAAUCUUAUAGAAGAAACUGGACACUUUCAUAUCACAAAUACAACCUUUGACUUUGAUCUUUGCUCACUGGACAAAACCACAGUCCGUAAACUGCAGAGUUAUCUGGAAACGUCUGGAACCUCAUGAGGAUUCGGCAUCAAAAACUGUUCUUUAAAUGAAACAUUCAGAAUGAUGCAACCAAAAUGGGGUGAAAAAGCAAAACAACCCUCUUCAGCUUUAUUUUUCCUUAAAGACAGUCAUCAUCUCUUGAUAAGGGAGAAGAAAAGUGGCAGGAUUCAAGAGGACUGCUCUUCCCAAGAAGAAAAUGCUCUGGAUCAGUUUGCCUGGAUAGCCUUGAAAAACAAACACACAAAACCAAACAAAAAUACUUGGUCUUAAUGAAUGUGUAUGGUAUCAUGUAUCUCUCUGUGGUGUUCCUCUCCACAAGAUGAAUGCAUGUUCAACACACUGCCUUAUUACAUAACUGAUCUAUUUAUUAUUGCAUACAUGUAUUCUAAAGUCAGCGAGUCACUGAAUGACACUACCAGAUGAGCAAGUAGUAGGGUCCAAUGUGUGCUCUUUUGAUGCAGUACUAUCACAACCCUAGUAACCUUAUUCAUGUUAAAAUGCCACUUCUUGCUAUCUUUCUCUAGUCACUUGAAACACUACGGUCUUGUUUCCACUUCUGCAGUUCCAGGAAACAAAGUACAAAGUUGGAGACCAGACAAUGGUCCUAUAUUUUGUUUCCUGUGUGCCACAGUGGGUUGGACCACAGCAUGUUGGAUCACAGGUCCUUGGUUCUGUACAUUUGUUGAUCUUGGCCAUGGUAGAAAAUGCACCAGAUCAUAGGAUCAUAUGACUUGCUGUCUAGCCUUAGUGAAUAAACCAGUAAGACUUUUAACAGAAAAUGUUAUGUAUACUGUCCUGAAUCCAGCAUCUUUUGCAAUCUGCAUUCUUGUGUCUGUUUAAAUGUUAUAAAAUUAAAUAUAUAUGAGUGAAAUAUUCUGUAGGAUCAUGAGAGGAGAAACACUGGUCCUUCUUCUAAGGAAAUGUUGUAGAAAAUUCUUAAUUUGGAGCUAUUUAUUACUACAAAUUUCAACACUCCUCUGCUGUCAGUGUGUGACUCACUUUUAACAUAAAACUGCAUAACAUUUUUGUUUGUUCAUUAUAGUAUAUGGUCUGCUUAGUUUGUUUUGGUGGUUUGUUUCUGGGGUUUUUGGGGAUAUUUACAACUGCUAAAUUAAAACCCUUUAUUUGAAAAAAAAAUGUCAUUAUACAGUUACAUGUUGGAAUAAAUACAUCAUAUGUGUGUGUAUAUACACAUAUACACGCAUCUGUGUGUGUGUAUAUAUACACACACAUGCAUAUAUGCUUUUUACACUUUCCAGAUUUUGCUAUCUGUUCAAUAACAUAUUGUGUUUCCAGAAGGAUUUCUCGUCUAUAAAACUGAGUAUUCUUUCAUGCCAUCCAUUAUUCCUUAGAAUCAGGAUCCUUGUUUGUGCAGGAUCAAAUGAGAGGAUGUGUACUCAGUUUCACAUCAGAGCUUUGUGAUGUCAUAUUGCUGAUUUCUUGAUGAAAUCAUAACCCUUCUAUUAGAAGUUCAAAUCUUCCAAUGAAAAAAAUGUUUAAAAUGCUUCUGGAUGCAAAGGUUUAUUCAAGUUUACCAGCCUUAAAAUAUGUUAUCUUGUUUCUGGACAGGCCAGUAUGUCAUGUGUAUGCUUAUAUGCCACAUGUAGUCUGUAUGUGUAGAACUGAACAGUAGUAUCUGUAUGACUUACUGUUUCAUGCACACAGCUUGUGCAGUACUGUAAACUAAAUUCUUAUUGGGGUUAUUUCUUAUUCAAUGGUAAAUCUUAAUACUGUUUCUUUAAGUCCAAAGAAAAUUUUACACUUCGCUCUUUUUGAGAGGGCGAGAUAUGGAUUACAUUGGGGAUCUUAUUUAAAGUCUUUGACCACACUCCACAGGAAGUCCUUCUCAGGCUUUCCAAGAAUAAGUGUACUUUUUCAGUAAUGUUAUGACUCUUAUUGACGAUUGGCAUGAAGCAUACUUGAAGCGUUAUGUUGUUCUUUUAAGUCCAUGUCUUAAUGUGCAAUUGGGGAGUGGGGGGAGGAGUGGGAGUGUAAUUUUGUUACUUUUGACAUAAAGCAGGUGAUGUGAGGAGGGGGAAGGGGUGCAUGUGAAGGGGAUAAACUUCAUUUUUUAUUGAUUAUUUUAUAUAAAAAUGUUUGGAAAUCUAAAAGCAACCUUAAAAACAUUUGGUCUACUAGUGUGUAUUCAACUUCCUAUCAUGUAGUUAUACCAGAUACAUACGGACUUUGUUCAUUUUGACUUUUAUAACUAAGUUCUGUGCUAAAAACUCAUUGAGUUUCAGGAGUGGAAGAAUCCCAUUAUACUUCUAGUAUGACUAUUGCACUGUUUUGUUGGAAAUGGUGAAAUGAAUAAUUUUACUCUUAAAAUACCAGAUAAGCUUUAUUAUACACUGAGAACAGGGGUGGAAGAAAACAGCAAAUAGGAGAAUAGGCAUAAAAGGGAGAUGACAGCAAUUGCAGUAUCACGUUAGUGCUGAAUUUCAUGCAAAUUGUGGAUCAUCCUUAAAUUUUCUAAUUUAGUGGGAGGGGGAAGAAAAUAGACUGCAGUUUUGUGUGUGUGUUGACUUUUUCACAAAAUUCUGAUAGUAUAAUAGAGUUAAUAAGUGUUGAUCUAAAUAAAGAAAAAUUAGCUAUUUUAAUCUAAUUUUGUAUGCAGAAACAAAA